GUCAGACAACGAACGCUCCUCACGUAGGCUACACUCACUCAGAAACGCAGCUCUCAAAUGGCUUCCUGUACCACACCCUCAUCUCUGAUGCUAACAUACGCCGCCUCAUCCGUGCACCACCAAGACCUCAUCCCUUCCCUUCUGUCCUUCAAGCCCAAGCCACUCGCCGCCACCUUCUCCCUCUACCCUUUGGUCUUGAAGCCUAGAGAGAGAAGGCCAAACAGGUGGGCCAAUGUGAAUUUUCACAGACGAGACCAGUCUGGUGGGUUCUACCAUACCCGAGUUGUUGUUGCUGCUUUGGCUGCCGAGGCAGAGGUGGCUGAGGCUGUGGAAGAGAAAGGAGUGGAAGGGGCUGCUGAGUCUGGUACUGUUUCCGUGCCAAAACCAAAGAAAGGAAAGGCAGCAUUGCUUUUGAAGAGAGACAGGGUUUAUGUUACUUCCCUGGGGUUUCGAUUUCGGAAAUUGUUGUUGCCAAUUUAUACAAACAGAAGGAGGUCUAAGAGAUUCUUGGAAAUUCAAAAAUUACGGGAAAACAAAAAAGAAUAUGACCUGAAUUCAGCAAUAUCUUUGAUAAAAGAAAUGGCCAGUACAAAGUUUGUGGAAACUGUUGAAGCUCAUUUCCGUCUAAACAUCGAUCCUAAAUAUAACGACCAACAGCUGAGGGCAACCGUAAAUCUGCCCAAGGGAACUGGACAGACUGUUAAAGUGGCUGUUCUUACUCAAGGUGAGAGGUUUGAUGAAGCGAAAAAUGCUGGAGCUGAUUUGGUUGGUGGAGAGGACUUGAUAGAACAAAUAAAAGGAGGAUUUAUGGAAUUUGAUAAAUUAAUCGCUUCACCAGAUAUGAUGCCCAAGGUUGCAAGCCUAGGAAAGAUUCUGGGACCCCGAGGGCUGAUGCCAAAUCCAAAAGCUGGUACUGUCACACCUAAUAUACCUCAGGCUAUAGCGGAAUUCAAGCAGGGAAAAGUUGAAUACAGAGCGGACAAAACUGGAAUUGUCCAUUUACCUUUUGGAAAGGCUGACUUUUCUGAGGAAGAUCUUCUUAUUAAUUUGCUGGCUGCAAUAAGAUCGGUAGAAGCCAACAAGCCGCCAGGUGCGAAAGGUGUGUACUGGAAAAGUGCGCAUAUUUGCUCAUCAAUGGGGCCUUCUAUUCGGUUACAUAUAAAGGAGAUGCUCGAAUACAAGCUUCCGUCAAAGGUUUGAAGAACAUUAUACUCUGUAAAUGCUGUCUUCAAUUGGUUGAAUAAAACCCAUAGGUGCCUUUUUUGGAUCUUGACAAUGUUUAGUGAAAAUGGUAGGAGGGCAACUGAUAUGAAAGAGAGGGAGACUAUGAUGAUUGUUUUGGUUUGAGCUGGCAUGAAAGUGUGCACAGUGCACACUCCAUGGCCUUCUCUACACUGACCUGGAAAGCCCUUUUGUUAAUGUUGCCAUCAAACAUUAUUAAA